GACAACUAUGAAUCUGUAACUUGUAAUUUGUAUUUAUUGUAAGGAAAUUUUAAAAUAUUAUUAAAGGAUCGAGUUGCUGUAAAGAAGGAAUAAAAAUAUAUUUAAAGAAUAUAUCUUAUAUUUAAAUCACAAUGGCAGAAUUGUUAUUGGAUCCAAAAAUUAGGCUAUGGGUGUUUUUACCAAUCGUAGUAAUUACUUUUUUGGUUGGUAUUGUCAGGCAUUACGUAUCAAUUAUUCUUUCAUCACAGAAGAAAAUAGAGCUAUUGCAAGUGCAGGAUAGUCAAGUGAUGAUACGAGCCCGGCUGUUGCGUGAGAAUGGCAAGUAUCUACCAAAACAGUCGUUCGCGAUGCGGAGACACUGGUUCAAUAAUGAGGAUACUGGUUAUUUCAAAGUUCAGAAGCGGACAUCUAAUGCUCAGAACCCCAUGACAGACCCAGGCAUGAUGACAGACAUGUUGAAAGGCAAUGUGACAAAUGUUCUGCCUAUGAUUGUGAUAGGAGGCUGGAUUAACUGGAUGUUUAGUGGUUUCCUGACUACCAAGGUGCCCUUCCCUUUGACUCUCCGAUUCAAGCCCAUGUUGCAGCGAGGUGUGGAGCUGGCAUAUCUAGACGCCUCUUGGGUCUCUUCGGCAUCAUGGUACUUCCUCAAUGUGUUUGGUUUGAGGACCAUCUAUGCAUUGGUACUUGGAGAGAAUAAUGCCGCUGAUCAGUCUAAAGUAAUGCAAGAACAGAUGUCCGGAGCAGCCAUGGCCAUGCCACCUGACCCCAAGGCGGCUUUCAAAGCUGAAUGGGAGGCUCUAGAGAUCACGGAGCAUAGGUGGGCGCUUGCCAAUGCAGAGAGUGACUUGCUCACUAAGGCUGAAGAAAUUGUGCAAUAGUUUAAUUGUGGAGUUAGAGUGUUUGAUAUAAGUCUUGAAUUGUAUUCAUAUUUAAUAUAAACUUCUUAAUAAAAAAAAAAAUACAAUGUAAAUCAAUGCAUUAGGAGUUAAACAUGUUCUAAUAAAGAUGUGUGAUGAUGAAGGGAAAACAGUC